UGGCCGAAAAUAACCAGAGCAACUUUCCGAAGGCGUGUACUUCCUCCAUCGAGAUGACUUCCUCUCAUGACUGCUUUCGCGUUGUAUUCUGGGUACCCUCCAUCGGUGUCCAGUUUGACUUUGGUUUGGUGAAGGGGGUUUGCGAGUGUGACGGUCUGAGCUACUGCUAAUCUAGUCAGUCAGCAUGGGUGCGACCAUGAUCAGUCCCGCAGCGACAGUUAAGGCUGAAGCAGUGAUGGUCCCCCAGUUUGGCGUUUCUCCACCCCAGGGCUGUCCAAUGCACCAAGAACCAAAACAAGCGGCUCCACCACCAGAAUGUCCCAUGCAUCAGGCGACCACUUCUAGUCCUACCCCUGCUGAAAUGACAACUCCCAAUCCUGGUCCGGCACAUCAGGAGAGAGCCUACGAGUUUGUUGAGUGCCCAAUGAAGGCAACAUCUGGACCCCGCCAAGGACUCGGUGACAUUGACCCUACCAACAUGAUGCCCCCACCAAACCAGAAACCAGCACCAGAUCAGCCUUUCCCUCUGAACGUUGUCAGGGAGGAGUCCAACAUCCCUCGAGCCGGGAGCGGCAAGAACUGGGUCUACCCCUCUGAGCAGAUGUUCUGGAAUGCCAUGCUGAGGAAAGGAUGGCGCUGGAAGGACGAUGAACUCGCUCCCCAGGACAUGAGCAACAUCAUUAAGAUCCACAAUCAAAACAAUGAGCAGGCAUGGCAGGAGAUUCUGAAGUGGGAAGCGCUGCAUGCAAAGGAAUGCCCUUGCGGACCCUCUCUGGUUCGCUUCGGAGGAAAAGCCAAAGAGUUCUCUCCGAGGGCACGCUUUCGCCACUGGAUGGGUCCUUGCAUCUGCAUCUGCGCAGGUACGAGUUGCCUUUCGACAGACACGACUGGAUUGUCAACCGCUGCGGACAAGAAGUGCGAUACGUGAUCGACUAUUACGACGGGGGCGAGGUGGACAAGGAGACCUAUCAGUUCACCAUCCUGGACGUCCGCCCGGCCUUUGACACUCUCGGCGCCGUGUGGGACCGCAUGAGGGUGGCGUGGUGGCGCUGGACCUCCUAAGUGUAGAUCGAAGUAAGCUCUCUGCUGUCCAAUCUUGAGAUGUGAAAGCCGAUAUUGAACCCCCCCAACAGGACAUGAAUCUAAAGGGUCGGCGAUGGUCGUUUCCAGGCAAACACACUGGUGGCUUUAAUUCUCGAUCCUAGGAAAAUGCAACUGGACGCAAAGACAUUUUUCAACCUGCCUAUACCACUGGAAGGGGAUGAGAAGGUGCAGAUUUUAUUCUCAUCUUCUGUCCCUCUGUUAUGGAGUCAUGUCUGCACUGUGUGCUGUGUUAAAAUGGGAAGGUGUAGCAUUCAUUUCCACUUCAUUUAUGUAGGUUCAUUUAAAGGGCUCUGGUUGAGAUCAGUAAUGGCAGAUUUUUUCCUUUUUGUCACCAAUAGAUGGUUCAAAUGGAGUUCUCAGAUCAUAUUAGACAUGGCUAGUGUAUUUGUUAAAAGCUGACGUGUCAUCAAAUAGCUAAUUGAAAGAAAUAUGCUUUGCUUAGUCACAGACUUUUAUAGUAUUAAGCUUCUAAUGUUAUUGUCAUAAUAAGAGAAAUCUUCCCAAUGGCUGUUAUUUAUUGCUUGCUACAACAUGUAAUUUUUAAUGAAAAUGUUUGAACUGUAGCAGGUGUCAUUCAGUUCAGAAAUUAACAGUGAGUUUCAGGUGAAACAUCUAUCAGUUGGUUAAUGGUUUAUUCUGAAAUAAGUAGUGAAUAAAUGUGCAUUUUUGAAUGUUUUUGGGCCCAAUAAAUGUUACUAUAAUUGGAAAAGAGCAGUAAGGGGUCUCGCACACUGCACUUAUAAAGUGGCGGUAUGUGUAGCGCUGAUUGACUGUUUUUCGAGUCCAAUAAAAGUCUUUUCUUCUUUUGUAGAAUUAUUGUGUCUUUUAGUUUUUUUUGCCCGUUAGACAUAGCAGUAGGGAAACUUGAAAUUAAUGCCCUUGUAGUAUUUUGCGUAGCAUUUAAUAGAUGGGAAGACCAUCUUGCGCACAUGAUUUGUGCAGUUAAAUUUUUCUUAAUCUUGGUAUGCAUGGCACUUUCCACAAGUUGGCCUAAUAGAUAUCCAUAUCAGUGACGGCACCAUGCCAGUGUGAAAUUUAAAAUAAAAAAUGUAUACCUGCAGUAGAAUAUUUAAUAUCCGUAUUUACGUCUAGUAAUGACAUUUUCAAGCAAAGAGUGAGCAUGAAAACUGCACCUUCCUCAAUGCCUGUCAUCGCACACAGUUACUUUGAUUUCAAAAAGCAUCUGGCCUUCAUAAAAAUAUUUUUCCUGGGAUGUUCACUGACAGUAGUAACUGCUUCACAUGCUUGCAUUACCAAUUCUGGCACGUUCAGUUCCCUGAUGCACCAAUUGGCCUCUUCAGUUGAAGUACACCCAACUGAUACUGGCGUUCCGGUGCAACUUGUUUCAACUAAAAUGUGGGAAAUGGCUCAUAAUGUGCAGGAGCAUAGUAAAGCCUCAUGUUGAGAUUAAGCAUCGGUCUUUGCAGGGUAAUUAUUUGUGUACUUUGAGCCUCUGGCGGUGAAUGUUUCAGUGUUGAAGCACUUCCGAUAUCUUGUAACUUAUUGUAUGGAGAAACAGCCCUGCCUGCUGGACAUUUUAGGUAGGUGAUCGUUAAAAAGGAUUUUCUUGGUGAAGGUUCAAAAUAAAAAGAAACCAUGAAGUCAAA